UCUUCCAACUUCCCAUAUUGCCAAGCGACAGAUAGUGGACUGUCUUUAUACCUGAUGAAUCGUGAUUUCACGUUUGGGUAGGCUCUCCUUUCUUUUUUGCCUGGACCUUAAAGGAAGAUGGCCAAACGUACAAAGAAGGUUGGAAUUGUUGGAAAAUAUGGUACCCGUUAUGGUGCUUCCCUCAGGAAAAUGGUCAAGAAAAUUGAAAUUAGCCAGCAUGCUAAAUAUACCUGCUCUUUUUGUGGCAAGACUAAGAUGAAGAGAAAAGCAGUGGGUAUCUGGCAUUGCGGAUCUUGCAUGAAGACCGUUGCUGGUGGAGCAUGGACAUACAACACAACAUCUGCAGUCACAGUGAAAUCUGCGAUCAGAAGAUUGAAGGAAUUAAAAGAUCAGUGAAAUCUUUUAGCCUGUAUGUCUGGCCAAUAAAAUACAUUUAUGGAAUGGA